AGCGGGCGGGGGGCUCGCCGUUGCCCUGGUUACGUCGAGGCACGUGUGCAGUCCCGGAAGCGGCUCAGGGAAGCUGCCCAGCGCGCGCAGCCGGAGGAAGCACAGCCAGGUCCGCGCGCGUCGGGUCCGGCUGGGCCAUGGAGCCGCUACGUGAGCCAGCGUCCGGGUCCCUGCCCGGACCCCGCUGUCUCCUGCUUCUCCCCCUGCUAUUGCUGCUGCUGCUACUGCCGACCCCGGAGUUGGGUCCGAGGCAGGCGCGAGCCGAGGAGACCGACUGGGUUCGACUGCCCAGCAAAUGCGAAGUGUGUAAAUAUGUCGCCGUGGAGCUGAAGUCAGCCUUUGAGGAAACUGGCAAGACCAAGGAGGUGAUUGACACGGGCUAUGGCAUCCUGGACCGGAAGGCAUCCGGAGUCAAAUACACCAAGUCCAUUUCAGAGCCCCCCCAGAUGACCUAUCUUCCUUCCAGCUCUGCCUUCCCGUUGGCCCUCUUGUGCUGCUGUCUCGGCAGGGACUUACGGUUAAUCGAAGUCACUGAGACCAUUUGCAAGCGACUCCUGGACUACAGCCUGCACAAGGAGAGGACCGGCAGCAACCGAUUUGCCAAGGGCAUGUCAGAGACCUUUGAGACGCUACACAACCUGGUGCACAAAGGGGUCAAGGUGGUGAUGGACAUCCCCUACGAGCUAUGGAACGAGACCUCUGCAGAGGUGGCCGACCUCAAGAAGCAGUGCGACGUGCUGGUGGAGGAGUUCGAGGAGGUGAUCGAGGACUGGUACAGGAACCACCAGGAGGAGGACCUGACUCAGUUCCUCUGCGCCAACCACGUGUUGAAGGGCAAGGACACCAGCUGCCUGGCAGAGCAGUGGUCUGGCAAGAAGGGGGACACAGCUGCCCUGGGGGGGAAGAAAUCCAAGAAGAAGAGCGGCAGGGCCAAGGCCUCGGGUGGCGGCGGCGGCAGCCAGCAGAGGAAGGAGCUCGGUGGCCUCGAGGGAGACCCCAGCCCCGAGGGGGACGAGGGCAUCCAGAAGGCUUCCCCCCUCACACACAGCCCCCCUGAUGAGCUCUGAGCCUAACCCAGCGCUCCUGCUGACCGGUAGCCCGACCUGGGAGCUGAAGGGUCUGGGCCCCCGCUCCCGCAGACGGAGCAGCACCGGGCUUCAGCUGUGCCUGCCCGGGCUGUGUCUCUUCCUGCCACGCACGGAUUCCAGCCCUUGGAGACCUCCGGACAGCUGCCGGCUGCCCGGGCCGGCCUUUUUCCUCUACCCAGUGUUCCUCUCCUGACCCAGACUUCAGGUGGGCCCUGCGAUCUCAGGACUGCCCAGGACUCCAGUGUGAACUCGGGCGGGCAGAUGUUGAGUGGGGGCCCCCUGGCUGGGGCUUCAGAGCCCCUCAGCCCCUCACUUGCACCAGGAAGCAAGGCUGAGGCCCCAGCUCGUCCUCUCUGCACCCACCCGCCCUGUGGACACCUUGCGCUCUGCCAGGCCCUCCCCAGGGCUCACAGAGUAAAAACCUUUCGGCCUUUUUCGUU